GCCAACGUGCUGUCUAUGUCGCCGUCAGGUCGGCUACGGUUCGCUUGGCCAACACUGAGAGUUUGUAGACGCUCCCUCGUCGCCUCACCUCUACUCUUUUGUAUCGAUUCGCUUCUCCCGCAAAGUGCGCGCCUGCGCCGCUGCUGCUGCCGAACAGAGCCUCGGCAACCUCGGCUGCAUCCUCCAGACAGCCCCCCUCAGAGGCACCAGCUAUCCAUCCAUCCAUACAAACACCAGGCGAGGAAAGGAGGGGGAGGUGGAGGAGAAGAAGGAGGGGGUUCGCAGACUGGGGGAAGUUCACAACUCGACCGCCGGACAGAGAGCCUUUGGAGCGCAGCCUGCACUGCAACCAUGGAAAGAAAGCGUCCUGGUAUGCCUUCUGGUGCUCGGAUGCCCCAUCAAGGGGCUCCCAUGGGCCCUCCUGGUCCACCAUAUGGGGGCAGCCCUUCUGUGCGACCUGGAAUGCCAAACACUGUAAUGGAGCCCACUAGGAAAAGACCUGCAGCAUCUCAGCAAGUUCAGCAACAACAGCAGCAAGCAGCACAGAAUCGCGCUAGAAAUGCCAAGAGGAGGAAAAUGGCAGACAAGAUUCUCCCUCAGAGGAUACGGGAUCUAGUUCCAGAGUCCCAGGCCUACAUGGAUUUGCUAGCAUUUGAGAGAAAACUUGACCAAACCAUCAUGAGGAAAAGAGUGGAUAUUCAAGAAGCAUUAAAGAGGCCAAUGAAGCAAAAGCGCAAGUUGAGGCUGUACAUUUCCAACACAUUCAACCCUGCAAAGCCAGACACAGAUGAUUCAGAUGGCAGCAUUGCAUCUUGGGAACUCAGAGUUGAAGGAAAACUGCUGGAUGAUCCUGGUAAACAGAAAAGAAAGUUCUCAUCUUUCUUCAAGAGCCUGGUGAUUGAGUUAGACAAGGAUUUGUAUGGUCCUGACAACCACUUGGUUGAGUGGCAUCGAACUCCAACCACCCAAGAGACAGAUGGCUUUCAAGUGAAAAGGCCAGGUGAUGUGAGUGUGCGGUGCACUCUGCUGCUAAUGCUGGAUUACCAGCCACCACAGUUCAAAUUGGACCCAAGACUUGCACGGCUGCUAGGCAUUCACACCCAGACCCGAUCUGUUAUUAUUCAAGCUCUCUGGCAGUACAUCAAAACUAACAAGAUUCAAGAUUCUCAUGACAAGGAGUACAUUAACUGUGACAAAUACUUCCAGCAGAUCUUUGACUGCCCACGGCUUAAAUUUUCUGAAAUUCCACAACGCCUCACCAACCUGCUGUUACCACCAGACCCUAUAGUCAUUAACCAUGUCAUCAGUGUGGAUCCCAACGACCAGAAAAAAACAGCUUGCUAUGAUAUUGAUGUGGAGGUUGAAGAUCCUCUCAAAAGUCAGAUGAGCAGCUUCCUUCUUUCUACAGCCAAUCAGCAGGAAAUUGCAGCAUUAGAUAAUAAGAUCCAUGAGACAAUUGAAUCCAUCAAUCAGCUGAAGAUCCAGAGAGAUUUCAUGCUAAGCUUCUCUAAGGACCCCAAAGGAUACAUUCAGGACUGGCUGCAGUCUCAGAGCAGAGACCUUAAGGUAAUGACAGAUGUGGUGGGAAACCCCGAGGAGGAGAGGCGAGCUGCUUUCUACUAUGAGCCGUGGUCCCAGGAGGCUGUUAGUCGAUACUUUUACUGCAAGAUUCAGCAGCGCAGACAGGAACUGGAGCAGGCCCUGGCCGUGCGUAACACUUAAAAUACCACUGAUGGCGGACCUCCACUCCUACUUACCUCUGUCGGUAGUACAGCACACAUCCUUUGAGUUAGUAGUCAUCUUCUGGGAGUUGGAUCUUUGAUUCUCCACGACUUCAUUGGAACCUCUAACUGUCACAUCAUUAGUAUAACAUGAAGUUUGAAUCAACUUGAUUUUUUAUAAAUGCUAUUCUUAUGUGCUAAGAAUGCAAAAAUGACACACACAUAUAAUUCAAUGCCAACACAUGAAAACCCUUACUUAUGUGAAUUCCAUUCCAGUACACAGUGUGAAAUUACAGUAUAGUGGACUUGUUUAUUAAACAUGUAUUCACACAGAAAAAGUAAAUUUAAAAAAAUCCAAAACCACACACACCCAGCAAAGCUGUGCUUCAUCCCAGUUAAAGCUCCAGUAUGUUUUCCAGUUUCACUGGUGUAGGGUGGCCACAUGCCUGUCUUUCGAACUCAUGGAGUGCAUGUUACGUGGCAGCUCUGAAUGACACAUGAUGGCCGUAAUGCUGCAGAAGUCAUGUGCAUUUUACCUUAGCUACUACCAUCUGUUGUGACAGAUUUCACAUCUAGAAGCUUUACUGGUUUGCUCCACAAAUUGUUCUGAGGGUCUUGAAUCUUAGGUGAAACAAGCCUCGGCCAGCAGCAUGAGUGAUGUCGAUCGGUAAAGCCAGGGUUUUUAUACUGUACAUAUGUCAUGCUGAUUUCUACUAGUAUUAUAUGUUGAACCAUGUUCCCAUUUUAGAGUUUUAUUAAGCAGGAUGUCGCCGUGUAGCCACUUGUGAUGUUGUGACAUUGUGUAGGUUUCAGCCUCUUUUUUUGCUACUUCAGCUUCUAACCAUAACAGAAAAAUAUUGCUGACCUCCUCAACGUACUGUAGCUUUCUCCAUUCUUUCUAAUGCUGCCUUCCUUUUAUCAUAGAUGGUGUAAAAACAAGAGUGCAAAUACACUUGCAGCUGCUGGCCACAAGAUGGAGGUCGGCUAUACCUUUUUAAUUAAAAACUAAGCUACUGUAGACUUCUCAGAAGUCAAGAAAGCUCUUCAGUUGUUCAAAAUGUAUGAGCCUUGCAGAGCUUUGGCAAGGAGUGAGACAGGCACCAUAAAUGUCAAAACCGCAUUUGUUUCUCUUUCCUUAGUUGUGCGACUUUAGGAAAUUGUUUACUUUGGACUUUGCUAAUACUCGCCAUACAUGCUUUUGUACAUUUUGCCAUUUACUGGGUUUUCUUAAAUUGAACAUAAUCCAUUAAGGCACAAUUCGUUGUGCCUGUUUGUCUGAUUUUUCACUCUGCUACAUUUGUCAGGUGGUCCCAGUCUCUAAGAUCUGACUCCCAAGGGGGGGCGCUCAGAGUCGGAGCUGCCCAUCUGGUCUGCUUGAUACCAUCAUGUGAUUAGCGGCACUGCAGGCUAACAUUUAGACUUCUGGGCAGUUCUGACUCGGCUGUCGUUGCAUUAGGACAUGCCUCAUUUGCACUGACUCCUGCUCAUUUCUAUCAUUUCAUUUCGAAUUUGUGUUGAUUUAAAAGGCCAUACUGUAUUAACCCUUUGCAGUCGUAUUUAAUUUUCAACGUCACGCUACAUUAGUCGUAAUUAAUUAUUGAAAAAACGCCAAUAAUUACAGCAGUUAUUUUUUUCAAGCACGUAGGAAUAACACAGGCCACUUUUCUCGACCAGGCGACUGUGCAAAUCGGUCAGAAACUUGCAGGGCCACCAGCGGUGGCCUGACGACCUAUAGCGCACUUUUUACUAAGGCCAGUUUUCUGGCCUAACGACCGCAAAGGGUUAAAGCACUACGACCACGGUUUUUUAGGUACGUACAAUACUAAUUUUUCAAAAUUUAAUAUGAUUAAAGAUGUAAAGAUAACCUUUCCUCGGAGUUUCAGUUCCUUAGAACUUUGAGGACAAGAGCUUUAGUCCUAGUGAUGAAUGAUGGUCCAGUAAUGUUAUCAGUAAAGUCUCCUCCUGUGCAGCAUCACAGUAAACAAAUGUGUGCUUUAACAAGAAAAAUCUUCAAUUUUAUAAAUAUAUUUCUCAUACAGCAAAAAAAGCCAAAUACCACCAUCCGCAGGUGCUUUACAGGUGCCAUUCCUGUUACUUUUUAAAGCGAAUUAACUGUUUGUUCAAGAGAUUAAAAGCAUGUUAAGAAAAAAGUAUUUAAAACAAAAAAGGACAUUUUAUAUUCAUUAAGGAGACUGCAAAUAAAUGUUUUGUAAAAUACUGUAAUUCCAGUUAUGUUGCUGCUGGGCUAACCGCAGUGUAGCGUUUGCAUUGGUUUGCCUUUGGCCCUUUCAUUUCCUCCUUACUGUCAAAUUAAAUGGAGACCCCAAAGUGCUGUGUGUGAUAAGGGGUCCUGUGCAAGACUGCUGUGGGCAAGAAAGGUUGCACCACCCAGGACCCUCACUGGAAGCAGCUGAGAAUGGCAAAUGGAUGAAAUGAAAAAGUCUGGGAGGAGAUGGGGUAGUGAAAAGUUAUAAACUGGUUUUUCUUAAUAUUUAAUUUUGAUAUGCUGCAAUCAUGAUUUAGCCUUUUUUUUAUAAUUAUUUUCCAAAAAUAUCUUUCUGUGUGUACUGUCUGUAGAUGACUAUCCCGAAACUGUCAAAUGCACUGUGUCCUCAAUGGGACAAUUUACAAGAAUACUGCACUUUCAAGAUAGACAGUUCUUUUCUUGUGUUCUUGACGAUUGUACAGGUCACAUUUUGAAGGAACGGUCAAGUGCAGUACUGCCUAACUUGCCAAAGAUUUUAAUACAUGCAAAAAAAAAAAAAAAUUGAGCAGCAUAUUUAAAUUUGUGUCUUUUAAUCUGGAGCCGAGGGCCCGCAUAAUUCAUCUGCGCACAGAGGUGGGCUCGCUCGUUGAGAACAGUAGUCUUAGCUCAGUAGUCGACGUUUCCACUGUUUAAUGGGGCUUUUCAGACAAAAUUUUAAGAGCGCUCGUUUUAUAUUUGUCGUUUUUUUUUUUUUUUUAAUUUAAAGCAAACUUUUCAUAUUAUCUGAAGUUGCCCUGCUUGGCCUAAUAAUGAUAGAGAAAGACUUGUGAGAAAUGAAGGAGGUUGCAGCAUUUUGCCCCUUUUAAAGUGCAUAUGCUGUACACGCACUCAAGGGGGAGAAGAGCGAGCUGCGCUGUAGGAUAGCCAUCGCCGUGCAGUGGUCCUGCUUUGGAAGGCCGCCAUGACUGCAUCUUGUGUAUUUCUGGGUCUGUCGUUGUCGUGUCUGAGUUUGUACAAUGAUCCAUUUGAUGGUUUUCUUAAAAAGAUGUUAUUUUGGAUGUUUGCCAUGUUACGUGUUUAACACUUCUUAUCAAACAUAAAUGAAAAAUUCUGCCUUGUUGUUUUAAAAAAAAAAAAAAAAGUUUAUCCUUCUGGUGCCCGUGUUUGUACAGGUUCCAGCUGGCAUUAGUGGGCACUUUUCCGUUAAAGAUCAAAGUUUUUGUGCGUGUUGUAAUGUUAAUUCUAACCCAGUCAUUGUGUAAACUAACUGUACUGCCAACAGACGACGUGUGAUUUCUACUUUAUGCUCAUGUUCACAGUGUAGAAUGCUGAGGGGUUACAGAUAGUAACGUAACCAGCAACUUGGCAAAAACACCUUUCUAGUUCAGCUUUGCCAUAAUUCCUUGAUUUUUCACUUAAAUCCUGGCACUCACCUAGUGGUCUACUUACUGUAAUUGCUGAAUAGUUGAAGCAAAUGAGACAGAGGAGCACAUCUUGUUGAAUUUUGCACCUUUCCAAAAGAAGUACCCUACUAUAGCAUGUAGCGUGUUGAGUAAAAGUACGCUGGCAGUCAAAAAAUGACUGCUGUCUGCUGCUGUGGACGCCUACUGCUCACCAUGGCACACAUAGGCUGCAAGUCCUUGACAGAGUGAUGCAUCUGUGCUCUUCCCGCCUGAGCACUUACAAAGAUAUACAAACCGGCUGACAGGCUUCUUUUUAGAUGUCUCAGUAUAUUUGUUAUAUUUUGAAUCCAGCCCUGCGGCAUGCAGCAUUUUGCUUAGCUCAGGUGUUCCCAUACUGGCAGGGUGGAGCUGACAUGCAAUGGAGGGCACAACUGAGCCUUUCUUUACCAGGGCCCUGAUUGGCCAUACGGCUUUGGUAAGAGUGCAUUGCCAGUGUGGCACAAAUCAGCAGUCGCCUUUUGAGAAUCUGUGUAGAAGUCAGCUGUGCAUUUGUCAAAUUAUUAUGACGGCAACUCCACUAAUAAAGUGACAACAACAUUCUGACAGCACUCCAGAAUGUGCCCACUCUCAAAAUGUGCUUCCUAAGUAGGCCUCAGACUGGAAAAUGAACAGCACACCUGGAUGCGUUCUCUGUAGUAUAAUCUCUGCUCCAUGUGCCGUUUGUCUCAUUAGAUGGUGGAAGUGACUGGACAUGGACACCCUGCUUGCCGACCAUAGGGUUGGCCUUUGCACCACCCAGGAUUGGAGAGCCGAUGUGAACGGCUUUUGUUCCUUGGUGCAGGUUUCCACAAAGUUUGCUGUCUGAAGUAGUUGUGC